GAGGACAUUGCGAUGAAGAGAGACACAUCUCAAUUCAGAGGCAGCUUGCUGAUCUAGAGAAGUUAGCUUUUGUAACUGAAGGGGAUUUUGACUCUGCUAGUUCAUUGAACUCAGAUCAUCUUGAUGCAGGAAAUAAACAGGCUUGUCCAUUAUGUCCUAAGGAAAAAUUUAGAGCUUGUAAUAGCCAUAAGCUUCGUCGGCACCUUCAAAAUUUACAUUGGAAAGUGUCAGUUGAAUUUGAAGGUUACAGAAUGUGCAUCUGCCACUUACCUUGUCGACCAGUGAAACCAAAUAUUAUUGGAGAACAGAUAUCCAGUAAAAUGGGCGCCCAUUAUCAUUGUAUCAUUUGUUCAGCAACAAUCACCAGAAGGACUGAUAUGCUAGGACAUGUUAGGCGCCAUGUGAAUAAAGGAGAGACUAAAUCCAGGUAUAUUGCUGCUUCUGCUGCUAAACCACCUACUGAAAUUUUGAAAGAGGUAGACACAGAUGUACAAGUUUGUCCUAAUUAUUCUGUACCUCAGAAAACAGAUUCCUAUUUUAAUCCCAAAAUGAAACUAAAUCGGCAGCUAAUAUUCUGUACUUUGGCUGCUCUGGCUGAGGAGCGAAAACCUUUGGAAUGUCUGGAUGCCUUUGGAGCCACUGGGAUAAUGGGAUUACAAUGGGCAAAACAUCUUGGAAAUGCAGUCAAGGUUACCAUUAAUGACUUGAAUGAAAACUCUGUGACCUUGAUUCAGGAAAACUGCCAUUUAAACAAAUUGAAAGUGGUGGUGGACAGUAAGGAAAAAGAAGAGGGUGAUGACAUUCUUGAAGAAGGAGAGGAAAAGCUUGGUAAUAUUAAGGUGACCAAAAUGGAUGCCAAUGUACUGAUGCAUUUGAGAUCUUUUGAUUUCAUACACCUAGACCCUUUUGGAACAUCCGUGAACUAUCUAGAUUCUGCAUUCAGAAAUAUAAGAAACCUUGGCAUAGUAUCAGUGACUUCUACAGAUAUCAGUUCUUUAUAUGCCAAGGCACAACAUGUUGCCCGGCGACACUACGGCUGUAACAUUGUCCGAACUGAAUAUUACAAGGAACUCGCAGCCAGAAUUGUUGUAGCGGCAGUGGCAAGAGCUGCAGCUCGAUGUAACAAAGGCAUAGAAGUACUAUUUGCAGUGGCUCUGGAACAUUUUGUCUUGGUCGUUGUGAGAGUUUUGAGGGGGCCUACUUCUGCAGAUGAAACAGCCAAGAAGAUACAGUAUCUGAUACAUUGUCAGUGGUGUGAAGAGAGAAUUUUUCAGAAGGAUGGUAAUAUGGUAGAAGAAAACCCGUAUAGGCAGCUGCCCUGUAACUGUCAUGGAAGCAUGCCUGGAAAGACAGCAAUAGAACUUGGACCUCUAUGGUCAAGCUCCCUCUUCAAUACUGGAUUUCUCAAAAGAAUGCUAAUUGAAUCUCUUCACCAUGGUUUAGAUGACAUUCAGCCCCUAAUAAAGACAUUAAUCUUUGAGUCAGAGUGUACUCCUCAAAGUCAGUUUUCAGUUCAUUCACCUUCAAAUCUCACCAAGCACGAAGAAUGUGGUAUAUCUAUUAAAACUACAGAUGAUACCACAACAGAUAAUUACAUUGCACAAGGAAAAAGAAAAUGUACUGAAACAAUCACAAAUUUAGCCAAGAAACAAAAGGCUGAUGCCAGUACCGAACAUCCUCCCUUUUAUUACAACAUCCACAGACACAGCAUUAAAGGGAUGAAUAUGCCAAAGUUAAAAAAGUUUCUGUGCUAUCUUUCUCAAGCAGGCUUUAGAGUAAGCCGAACUCAUUUUGACCCAAUGGGUGUUCGUACAGAUGCACCUCUGAUGCAGUUUAAAUCUAUCCUUUUAAAGUACAGCACCCCCACCUACACUGGAGGACAGUCAGAGGGCCAUGUCCAAUCUACAUCAGAAGAUACAGUAGCUGACAGGGUUGAAAUGUCAGUGAAUGAAAAAGCAGAAGCAAGCAAUUGCAGAAGAUGGUAAAAGUAGGGAAGUGUUUAUUCCCAUACAUCUUUAUAGAUUAUCUGCCUAAUACUUCUCCAUACCAACUGUAGUUCUUUUUUUAUUCUUUCAAUUCAGUGGUGUAAAAAUAAAGUGCUGUUUUCAUUUUAAAAGUAGCAGUUUCUAACUUAACUGGUUUGGGAGUUAGGCUUUCCAAGUUUUUCUUAAAGAAAACUUAGAAUUGUAAGGAAAACAUUUCAUAUGAAGCCAAGAUUGACUGAGAUCACCUACUAUUUAAUAACUCAGAAAAUUCUCACAUGCAAAGUGUUUGGAAUUUUAUGUAUGUCACGUAAGUCACAUCUCUGCUUAAAUUGAUGCUGAAUAGAAUAGGAAGAACAGUAUCCUUUCAGGUCACUAAUAUAUUUCACAAUUACAAAGUUAAAAUACAUUCCUGAUUUUAAGAAUUCACACCUCUCCCAUUUUAAUCUUUUCAUUUUUAGUUUUUGAGAAAUUAAAUACUUGCCUGAGAUAGAAAUCCAUUUUUUUCUAAGUUUCAGGUCUAGAUGACUACACUUGAGAGUAAUAGUUUGCCAAAGUAAAUUGAGACGACUGUUCCAAUUAUAAUUGUUCACAAGCACUGAAAUUCUCGAGAGAUUUUGUUAUAAACAAAUUGGGUGAUCUCAAGGGCCUCAGUUAAUUCAUAUAAAUAUUCAUUCGCUUGGUUGUGCUACCUCAGAUGUAAAACUUGCCCACUUACGAAGUGAGGAUUUUUUGUUUUGGGGGUGGAUUUUUUUUUUUUUUUAAUUUGUGGCGGGGGCUGGGGGGUUGGUUUGUUUGGUUUGUGUGUAUAUGCUCAUUUUUUUGUAUAGAGUAGACCAGGCUAACAUAAUUAUGAAAAUUAGUUGAAACAAAAAUCUUGUUUCCAUUAAUAAAUACUGUUCUUACUUCAUUUGAA